AAUUUUAGGUUUGGUUCAAGUGUGACGGUAGGUAAAAUGCCUCCUAAAGGCCUAAAAUCCCCUACCUUGGAAUUGAAAUCAAGCACUUAUGGUGAUUCCGACGGUGAGUUUGUUACGCCUCGCAGCGUGAGCCUAACAUUACUGCUUGAAGGCGACCCUCCUGGUCCAGGCGAUUGGCCAUUUUUGACUUUUUUCAAUGGUCAGAUUGUCUUGGAAGGUAAAUGGCAAAAUGGACUAAUACUUGAGACUGAGGCUCUACCAUUAGAUCUUAAAGAUAUUUAUUUUCAACAACUCGUAGCAGAACAACCAUUAAUUUUUAUUCUUCGUACCAUUGGAGGAAAAGGAGCCAAAGACCCUGAUCCUCUGCUUAAUAUGGAUAAUCGGGCAGGGGCCACUGUUGAUUUGUUGCCUUUAGUUUUGGGAGAGGAUGAAGUAAAUGUCCGCGUUUCGUUAGUUAUGUUGACUACAGGUGAACGCACGAACUGUGUUGUGGAAGCGUAUGCUAAGGCAAAUGGAGUAUGUGAAAAUACUAAAGUUCCUCUAACACUAACUAUGUUAUCUGCUCACUGUUUACCCUUUGCCAGAGAAGGUACUGUAUAUCUUGCUGCUAUUGGUUUAAAUGACAUUACUGAUCGCAUAGCAGUUAAUUUUGGUAUGUCUUUGAGUACGAAUACUGCUUCGAAAGUAGUAUGGGCGUCGGCGAGUAAUGCCGGUCAAGGUGCUAAUACGAUGUAUAAUGUUCCUUACAAAGACAGAUUCAUCCCGCAGGAUUUUGAGCCGCGAGAUAGGGAGGAUUGUAAUUCUGUAUACUGGAACGCUAUGAAAAGAGUAUUAGUGGAUCCUGUGGAAUUGCGUGAACGGCUUUCAUCGCCAUUUUUGAUCGAAAUAGCUGGAGUUCCUAGGAUGGGAAAGAUCGACGUUCGUGGCCGAUACAUGGGUAUGGUCGAUGCUGGAGUGCUGUUAGAAUCUGGUCAAUACGGUGUUAUUGCUUGUACCAAGUUACUAUUUUAUAAUGAAGCAGAACUUCCGGAUAAUGUUGGUGCAUUGUUAGAACUGCCGCCUACCAGUGCCAAAGUCAGUGCACGUGAAACUGAUUUAAUCACAGAUGAUUUUGGCCAUAAUGCUUACAUCGCAAUAAGAUUUGAUGUAACGGAACCUCUAGUUGCAAAAUCUAAGAUAUCUUGGUUGUACGAAAUUUUGGGAUUUUUACCACCAGAUGGACAAUCUUUUCCGAUUGAUGGUUUGGAAAUCGAAAUGCCACAGGAGGAUCCUUUGAUUGACGUAAGACGUAUAAGAAAGGAAGGGGGAGCGCUAGCUGUACACAAAGAGUUGAGUGGUCUUGCUUGCCGAGGAGCUGUCCCAAUGAAUCAAGGUAUAAAGCGAACGGCUGCUAAUCGUUUACUGAUGAGAGUAAGAACAAUGCUAAAACAAUUUGCUCCUGGUGACUGUACAUACAUAGAAUGGCAGGACACGGUGACAGCCCAGCACGCAGCCAGUAGACGUGCAGUGACUGCUUCCUUUGCUCCGCAACCGCCAGCACCCCAUGCGACAUCUCGAGUUGCUGCCGCUAGAUCCCGCUUAGCUGGAGAUACUAGAAUUGCGGAGAUGCACAUUGAAAACAAUCUGAAAGUUGGCUGUAAUUAUCCAAGACCGUUACUUGCUAAGGCCUUGCGUUGCUUAGAAGAAAGGAACGAAAUGGAUGCUAGAAUCUACUUGCUUCAAGCUAUGAGUGCUCACAUACGAAAUAGGUUUUUGCUAUGGGCUUUUGGAGCUCUUGAAUUUGAUAAAGGAGAUGAAGGUUAUGAAACUGCUUCGGCCGCUUUUCGAAUCGCAAUCAAAGGAGAUUAUUCCGAAGGUACUACUAAUGCGAUAGGUUGGGCAGCUUUGCAUGCUUUGUAUCAUUAUCAUGAUAACAUGUUCGCUGCCUUCGUAUCUGCUAAAAAAAUGAGAAAAGCUUACGAACUCCCCAGAGAAUGGAAAAAGUUUUUGAGUAGAUGGGUUGAAAUCAGCGGUGAGGAGGAGACUUUCUGGAUUCCACACAUCGUGUCUUUUGAUAAUCCCAUGUUAAUCGCAGCAGCGUUUUUCCUCUGUUUACGAUGCUAUGCUUUUAGUGAAAGAUUGCUGCAAUGUUACGAAUUGGGAUGUGCAACGCGUGGUUCUCGCUUCGGGAUAAAAACGAAAACAGGGGCUGACGUUUAUUACGUUAGAGCUGCAGCGUGUCUGAUACAGCGUGAAAUAGCGAAGGCCUUGGUGAUAACUGAUGAGGGCAUACAGAAGUUUGGUCCCUCUCCAAUGAUGUCACAAAUGAGGGCCACGUGUUUGGCUUGCGCUCGCGGUUGGGACGGGGAGUGUGAGAAAUCUCUCUCUGAUGCGGAGAGAGCUGGAGCCGAAUCGUGUCCAUCAUUGUUGUUGAAGGCUGCUUUAUCAGGUUUUAAAAUAGAUCCAGGCGCGGCACUUCAAAGAGCAGCUCGGGCGCACAAAAUUGCUCCUUCUGCUCACUCUGCGCUUACUAUUGGUCGUAUUUAUGCAAAACUUGGCGAAGAAGGUUUGGCCGAACGAUGGGCGUCGGCUGCUGUGAAGACUGAGCCAAUGUUGGCUGAUGGAUGGGCAGUGCUUGCUUUGCUAGCAAUGUACCAGAGGGACGUGAACAAGGCGAGGACCAUGCUCCGAACCGCGAAGCAGGUUGGUCCUUUGUCACCAGACAUAGAUGAAGAAGUUAAGAAAGUCAUGGAUAUUAUUCAAGUGGAGACCUUGCCAGAUACGCUAGUGAAAAACUUGUGCUUCUGUGAUUACUACUAGUUUAGUCCGAGUUUAUAAUAUUAAUCU